AGUGUGGUGAAAAAAGACUUGGUUUACAGGCUAGAAUAAUGAUUUYUAUGCGUCAUAAAUAUAAAGUGCGAGAGAAAAUCCUUCCUGGACAAACAUUGAAAAUGACAUUAUGAUAGUUUAUCCCUCCAUCCCUUCAAGUACAUACAUGUUAUAUUGUGAAAUAAUACAAUACUUUUUCUUGAGUUUAGACGGACAGGAAAGUCGAUAUCUGUAAAUCAACCAAGUAACAUUCAAGAUUUCAUGAACAACAUAGAUAACCUAUUCCCCCAAACUAAUGAUGACAGCAUUAUGAAAUCUGUCAGCAAAAAUGACCAAAGCAUCAACCAUAGUCAAAUUGAAGGGGAAAAAGAAGACACAAGCAAACAGGAAGCAGAAAAUGACAACAAUGUCACACCUACAGAAGAUGAGAAGAAACCUGACCACUCACCAAACCUGACAGGAACAGCUGUCAAGAAUACGGCUGAACUGGAUGAGACUGCAGUGAAGUUUUACGGUUCAAAGAAAAGAUUGUUUCCUUCUUGUGAAGAAAGUUUUGUUAGUCAAGCUCCUGAUGGAUCUAAGCAUGAGUCCAAUGUUCAGACUGAAGAAGAUGUUGACAUUACAGAAGAUGUUGACAUUGAUGUGGAAAACUGCACAAACACAUCAAUCAACCCAKCAAUAAGCUUGCGAUCCACCAAGUCAAAYAUGAAGAAAUCAAAGGAAUCUAAUGGCAAAUCAAAACAUGAGCAAUCAGUUAAGUCAAACAGCAAGAAGUCAAAAAGAUCGGAUUUUGAGGUGGAAGAAGAGAGUGAAGAUGAAGAAAUAGAUGUUGAAAAUUGCUCAGANAUGUUGUUAAUGAUGGUGGUAUAG